UCGGAGGAGCCAUGAAUUACAAAGGUUGGAGCAGGUGAAAGGCAAAAGCAGGGGCAGGUCAAUAAAAAUGAGUCUACAAGGUCAAGAGAUGGAGGCCAGUCGUUCAGAGACAGAGAAUUUCUGCAGCCUGAAGGAUGAGGAAGAUGUGGUGUGGGAGAACGUGGAAUGUAACCGGCACGUUCUCAGCCGAUACAUUAAUCCAGCCAAGCUUACACCAUACCUUCGGCAGUGCAAAGUCAUUGACGAGCAGGAUGAAGAUGAGGUGCUCAAUUCACACAUGCUGCAGUCCAAAAUUAACAGAUCAAGCCGUCUUCUGGAUAUCCUCCAAACAAAGGGACAGAGAGGGUAUGUUGUUUUUUUGGAAAGUCUUGAGUUCUAUUAUCCCGAAUUAUACAAGCUGGUCACAGGGAAGGAGCCCACACGAAGAUUCUCCACCAUUGUAGUGGAAGAAGGACAUGAGGGUCUGACACAGUUUCUGAUGAAUGAGGUCAUAAAGCUGCAACAGCAGACAAAAGCCAAGGAGAUGCUACGGUGUGAUCUGCAGGCAAAAAUGAAACAGCUUGAGGAUGAGAAGAAACAGCUGAAACUAGUGAAUCAAGAACUACAUACCUUUCAGGAACGUUAUAACAAAAUGAAGGAGGAGAGAAACAACUACAAUGAUGAGCUUAUGAAAGUCAAAGAUGAUAAUUACAACUUAGCCAUGAGGUACGCACAGCUCAGUGAAGAGAAGAAUAUGGCAGUGAUGAGAAGCCGGGAUCUGCAACUUCAGAUCGAUCAGCUGAAGCACAGGUUAAAUAAGGUGGAAGAAGAAUGCAAAUUGGAACGCAAUCAAUCCCUCAAACUGAAAAAUGACAUUGAGCAAAGGCCGAGGAAGGAGCAGGUGCUGGAGUUAGAACGAGAGAAUGAAAUGUUAAAGACCAAAGUUCAGGAGCUGCAAUCAAUCAUUCAGGCUGGGAAGCGGAGUUUACCGGAUUCUGAAAAAGCAAUCCUUGACAUUUUGGAGCACGAUCGGCAGGAGGCUCUGGAAGACAGGCAAGAUCUUGUCAACAAAAUUUUCAACUUGCAGGAGGAGAACAGACAAGCAGAAGAGCUUAGAGAUAAGUAUUUGGAGGAGAAAGAGGAUUUGGAGUUGAAAUGUUCAACACUGGUUAAAGAUUGUGAAAUGUAUAAGCAUCGGAUGAACACUAUCAUGUUUCAGCUGGAGGAAGUGGAAAAAGAACGAGAUCAGGCAUUCCGAUCCCGAGAUGAAGCUCAGACACAGUUUUCACAAUGUCUGAUUGACAAAGAUAAAUAUCGCAAACAGAUCCGUGAACUAGAGGAGAAAAAUGAUGAGCUCCAAAUUCAGAUUGUCCGGAAAGAAGGGAAAAUCGUGGCCUUGGAAUCAAAACUUAGACGUAUGUCCAAGGACACCAUGUCUGCAGACCAGAGCCUGCCACGGAAUAUUCCAGUCACUGUUAUCUCUCAGACUUUGUGUCAUUCCUGUCAGAAGAGGAAUGGACAAGAGCAGGCGAGUUCAUCAACAUCAGAAGAAUCACCUGAAGACAAUGAAUUUUUUGUGCAGGAGCCACGACUGAGACGGAGACCAAACCUUAAAGUUUAUGGAAUUGGAAGGCCGAAAUCACCAUGCACAUUUCCCAGGCAACAAGAUUACCAAGCCUAUUUAGAUGAAGAUUUGUCAGAUGUCAGCAGCACUAGGAUGGAAACUCCUAACUCCAUUAAUGGCUGUGAUCCUCUGAGUACAAUGACCCUGAGACCCCGAUUCCCCAGUGUCAUGUCAACUACCCCUGAACCACCUUGCAAUGAUUCAAUUCUGCGAAGAACUAGAGAAGAAGACCGGGAGAUGCCACAUAGAAGUGCCCGUUUGAAGAAAUACAGUGUAACAGAGGAGGACAAUGAUAGUAUCUGCUGUUACACCUUUGAUGCCAUGCAGACGGAAACAGAUGAUGAAUAUCAGGACAGAAUCUCUCAUGGACCACCAUCCAUACAUUCAUCUUCAUCAUCACAUCAAUCUGAAGCUUUAGAUUCAUGUGAAUUAGACCAUAUGGACUCCAUAUUCAGAAAAUUCUCUUUGGAAAGACCUUUUCGUCCAUCUGUAACCUCUGCCACCCAGCUCAGUAACCCUUUGAAACAUAUGCUGCACACAACACUCAACGGGGACAACCUGGUUACCGAAGUCUGUCUCGUCGGUGGAAAUGAAAGAGGCCUUUUCAUUCAAUCAGUUCAGUCUGGUUCUGCUGCCGAGAAGGCAGGGCUGAAGGAAGGACACCAACUGAUUUUGCUAGAAGGAUGCAUCAGGGGAGAAGCUCAAAGUGUUCCCUUGGAAACAUCUACUAAAGAAGAAGCACAUUGGACAUUACAACGCUGCAAUGGACCAGUGACACUCCACUUUAAAGCAAACUUUGACAGUUACAAGAAACUACAAAAGGAUUUGGAAGAUGGUAUUAUUACAUCUGGGGAUUCCUUUUACGUUCGAACCAAUUUGAAUAUUUCUGGACAGUCAGACAGUUGUUCGAUGUGUGUGAAGUGCGACGAGAUUAUCCAUGUUUUAGACACUAUGUACCAGGGCAAAUGUGAAUGGCUCUGUGCUCGAGUCGAUCUAUUCACUGACAAAGACUUGGAGAAAGGCACAAUUCCCAGCUACUGCAGAGCUCAGCAGCUCCUCUUGGUGAAGAUUCAGAGAUUGAUGUACCGCAGCAACAGAGAUGAGACAGACAAUCAAUAUAGCACCCUCCGAGGAUUAUGGAACUUCUUACAACCCGAAGAACAGCCCUCUAUUGAUCCCAAAGCUCCCCGCCUCUCAAGAGCGAGCAUUUUCUUCGGUCAGAUUUUACAGUUUGUCAGUAGGUCUGACAACAAGUACAAGAGAAUGAACAGCAGUGAGCGUGUACGGAUUGUCACUGGCUCCCCAUCUGGACCAGCAAAAGCCUCUUUCGAAACUCUGAAAUUUUCCACUGAAAAACAGGAUGAUGUGGAUACAGAAAGUGACAUCAAGAGAGGUUUCACGUUUGUCCCAUACAGCCUAGUCCAUCCAUACCACAUCCAACAGAAGCGUCCUGUAUUGUUCUCCCCUACAUCACUAGCCAAAAUGCUCGUGCAAAAGUUGCUCAAUUCUGGAGAAGCUAUGGAGUUUGACAUAUGCAAAUCAGAUAUUUUAAACAAAGAAGACUAUUUGCAGAAACAGAAGUCAGAACCAAUUAUCUUCUCCAGAGAAAAACAUUUAAACACCUUUGAAUGUGUCAUGCCUGCUAACAUCAAAGCUGUAACUGCCAAGAAUAAACAUUGUUUACUAGAAGCUGGUCUGAGCUGUACAAGAGAUUUAAUUAAGAAAGACAUCUAUCCAAUUAUAAUCGUCAUUAGAGUCUGUGAGAAGAACAUCAAACGAUUCAGGAGAUUACCAGCAAAACCAGACAGUGGUGAGGAAGAGUUUCUGAAGAGCUGCCGUUCGAAUGAGAGUGAGCUUGAGUCUCUCCCCUGCUUGUAUACGACUGUGGAAACUGAUACAUGGGGCAACAUCAAGGAGCUUAUCAAAAUUAUCAAAGAGAAAAUCAUUGAGGAACAGAGAAAGACAGUCUGGAUCGACCAGGAUCAACUCUAGGAUUUCACGUACUGUAACCAGCAGGAUUUAAACCAAUGAUAAAUCCCCUGCCAUGCAUGAACUUGCAAACAGUAAGCCAGUCCUGCAGAGAGAUACUGAGAAUGCUUUUUAUGACCAAUGGAUGCUGAUUCUUACAUAGUGAGGUCGCUUUGUUUAAAAAUGUGCUGUCCUAAGCAUUCAUUUUUCAGUCAAACCAGUUUGCAUUUUUAAAGAAAAUGAAUGCCACAAUGAAAAUGCUUUCCUUGUUAUAGUGCCUUAACAAAGAAUACUUGAGAUAUGGAUGGAAGUGGCUGCAUCAUUAAUGAGGAAGAAUGCUACCUAGAGAGAAUUCUCUUUCUAAAUCCUUGCCGUGUAGCUUAUGCGAUUGCAUGCUCCAGUUUAAAGCCAAGCGCCUCCAAAAGACAAGAGGAGAGAAAUAAAAAAGUUUGAGCAAUAAGACCUUGGUACUCAGGUACUGCACACUCAUCCACUGUCUCAUCCAUCUAUGUUUCUAUUUAAAGACUUGAGGAAUUAUAUCAGAGCACAACGUUCUACUCUAAAGAUGAGUAGAGGAGAGCGGGGAGCUGUUUUGGUAACCUGACCCAUUUAUGCAUUUCUGUUAGAUCAAGGUUCCACGACCUCCAGGAAGAGAUUGUAUUCUGGAAUACCUUGACUUGCAAAUAUAAAACAACAUGGCAUUCAAAUGGGAUAUAUUCCUCUAUGUAUGAGUGUCAGAGCAAGACAUGUUUGUCUUUGUACAAACAUACAGGUUUACAAUUUAACUCUACAAAAUACAUGGAGGGAAUUUUCUGAGUGGUUUUUUUUAAAAUAAAAGAGGGGAACUAAAGAAGUCAAGGAAGGAAAGAUAUUUGAAAAGUUAUCAGUUAGAAUUUCCAUAUGGUCAAGUGGGGGAUAUCAACUAGGAGACAGUGAGGUCUGCAGAUGCUGG